CCAUGUGUCGAUCACAACCUGGCUCCACCUCCCCCAGCCCCCCUCCCCCGGGUCUGUCCUUCAUCGCGAAGCAGCGAGACCUCGUCUGACGCCCCACGCGUCACUUCCGCCAGCUCUGGGACUCAGACGGCGGGCCCGCCCACCCCACUCGUCACUUCCUUUCCCCAUGCCCAUCACUUCCGCCCCUCAGAGCGCACCAUUGCUGGCGGCGUGCGGAUGGCGGCGGCGGCGGCGGCCCUGAAGGCGCUGGGAGCCGAGGUGUCGGCUGUCACCGCUCACACGCGCAACGUUCUCCGGGGAAUGGCGGACACCCCCAGCUCCCAGGGCCUCACCUUCCUGCAGGUGAAGAACCAGCUGCUGGCUGCGUACCUCUCCGACCUCGCCUACGUCAUCCUACACAAGGUGACGGGGCACAGCCUCCGCGGGGAGCCCGCCCUCCUGCGAUUGGUGGAACACCGGACGGUUCUGGAGAAGAUGAGGCCCAUCGAGCAGAAGCUGAGAUACCAGAUCGAUAAGCUGGUGAAGACUGCCCUCACUGGGACCCUGGGCGCAGGAAACCCCUUGAACUUCAAGCCCAACCCAGGCAACCUGAUCAGUAGGCUCGAUGACGAGGAGGAGAGGGAUGUGGAGGACGAGGAAGGGGACGAGGAGGAAGAGGCAGAGACGCCCCAGAAGAAGGAAAGUGUCCGAUCAUCUAAGAAGGUCUACGUACCCCCUCGACUGGUUCCGAUGGUCUACGACGGGGACGAGACGGCAGCGGAGCGCGAGAACCGUCAGCGGGAGCGAGCCAGACGCCGGGCGCUCAGCAACUCUCUGAUCCGUGAGCUGCAGGAAGAGUACAGCCAGGCCCCCGAGGAGCUGCGUGAGGGGCACGGUUACCACUCCAUGCACCAGCACCGUGAGCAGGCCCACAGGGUGCAGUACGAGGAGGCGAUGAUGGUGCGGUUGAAUGUCCCGCGGUCGGAGAAGCGGCGUCGCCAGAGCCGUUCCCUGGCCAUGAGCUCGCAGCUCAGCUCCCUCACCCACUUCGGCAGCAUCGCUGCCCUGACUGGAGAGACGGAGUCCGAGCCUGUCAGAAAGAAGCAGAGGGUCACUGCGAGGACCAAGAAGAAGAAACAACGAGGCUUCCGCAGACGCUGACGCCACUGAGACAGGCCGACACCACCCCCGAUCCGGAGGGUCGGAGUGCGGGGGAUAGUGAGGCACCCGGGCUCUGAUCAUCACCCUCUGCGCCCAGAUCUCCCUCACCCACCCCCUUCCCCCUCUCUCUCUCCCCCCCCAGUCUCCACUGGCAGGUGAAAGACGACCUCUGUGUGAUAGGUUUACUGUUUCGGAAUAAAAUCUUCACACACCCUCA